UUCGUGGGGGAAGCACUUAAGCGCGUACUACGUUUUCCAGAAGACCUUGCGGCGCGGUUGAGUACGGUGGCUGGAGACCUCGGGGAGUUAACCUUGCAGCACGUCGUCGCUUGUGGUUCUGGGCAUCGCGCGGGUUUUCGCAACUCAGGCAGACAAGAGGCCCCUGCACUCCGCUCUCUGGCCAUAAACUCCUUUCGUCUCUGAGCAGAGCGAGACGGGCCGGCCAGCGGGCUCUCACGAUGGCCGCGAAUUAUUCUAAUACAAGUAACAGAAGAGAACAUGUCAAAAUUACAACUGACCCCCAGCCAGGCUUCCUACAGCGGCUGAGCGAGACCUCGGGUGGAAUGUUUGUGGGGCUCAUGACCUUCUUGCUCGCCUUCUACUUAAUUUUUACCAAUGAGGGCCGUGCACUGAAGACGGCAACCUCCCUGGCAGAGGGGCUCUCACUCGUCGUGUCCCCCGACAGCAUCCACACUGUGGCUCCCGAGAACGAGGGGAAGCUGGUGCACAUGAUUGGGGCCCUGCGGACGUCCAAGCUCUUGUCCGAUCCAAACUAUGGGGUUCACAUUCCAGCUGUGAAGCUGCGGCGGCACGUGGAGAUGUACCAGUGGGUGGAGACCGAGGAGUCCAGGGAGUAUACUGAGGAUGGGCAGGUGAAAACAGAGCGGAGGUACUCCUACAACCCUGAAUGGAAGUCAGAAAUCAUCAACAGCAGAAACUUCGACCGAGAGAUUGGCCACAAAAACCCUAGCGCGAUGGCAGUGGAGUCAUUCACAGCAACAGCUCCCUUUGUCCAGAUUGGCAGGUUUUUCCUCUCGGCAGGCCUCAUUGACAAGGUCGACAACUUUAAGCCGCUGAGCCUAUCCAAGCUGGAGGACCCGCAUGUGGACAUCAUUCGCCGGGGAGACUAUUUCUACCACAGUGAAAACCCCAAAUAUCCGGAGGUCGGAGACCUGCGCGUUUCCUUUUCCUAUGCGGGGCUGAGCAGUGAUGACCCUGACCUGGGCCCGGCCCAUGUGGUCACGGUGAUUGCCCGGCAGCGGGGUGACCAGCUAGUCCCAUAUUCCACCAAGUCUGGGGACACCUUGCUUCUCCUGCACCACGGGGACUUCUCACCAGAGGAGGUGUUUCUGAGAGAACAGAAGAGCAAUUCCAUGAAGACGUGGGGCCUGCGGGCUGCCGGCUGGAUGGCCAUGUUCACGGGUAUCAGCCUCAUGACUCGGAUCCUCUACACCCUGGUGGACUGGUUUCCUGUCUUCCGCGACCUGGUCAACAUUGGCCUGAAGGCGUUUGCCUUCUGCAUGGCCACCUCGCUGACACUGCUGACUGUGGCUGCUGGCUGGCUCUUCUACCGGCCUCUGUGGGCUCUCUUCCUUGGCUGUCUGGCCCUGGUGCCCAUCAUCGUUGCUCGGACACGGGUGCCAGCCAAAAAGCUUGAGUGAAACAGGACCUGGCACCCACCCAACAUCCACGUGAGCUUCAGGAUCUGGCGUACCCCCCACUUCCCUGACCCUGCUGCACACCAGCGCACGAGUGCACAUGGGUUGUGGAUUCUGCACCUGCUCUGCUCUUCAAGGAGCCAGCCUUGGUGGCGUGGCCGCAUGUCGGGUUUGGUGUUCGUCUGCUAACGUCUCUUCACCCCCUUUCUUACCAGUAAGCAGCCUCGAUGGGCAGAAGGCAGCUCCUCUCUGGCAGCGUGACAAGUGUUCCGCUUGUUUCCUCCCCUUCUCUGGGGACUGUGUGUGGUUGGUUCUCCUGCUUCAUUUAGCUGAUGUCUGCAGAUGUCAAGGCGACACAGACCUGCUGCCUUACCCCUUACUGCCUCCCACCCUCGAAGAUGAGUGCCAGGGCUCUGCCACAGCCACUAGCCACACCCUGGAUGCUACAGGCCACCUGCAUCAGCUGUCUCUGGUCAGUACUGGAUUGCCAGGAGACUAAGCCCAUAUCCUCCAAAGCCAAUGUGUGGAUAGAACUUGAUUUGGUUUUUCAAACAGAAAACCUACUGGAGAUGUGGAAGAAAUUGGACAUUUGUUGGCUUUACACUCCUUUUAUGGUUUGGCAGAAUCUUUUUAGUGUAUGGGAUCUCCAAAGGCCCUGAGUUUUCAUGGCUUCACUUCAUGUGGGCUUUAGGGUUGCUUUGUCUACCCUAAGAGGGAGUUGUUUGAAAUAAGAUUUGAAAAGCAAAACAGAAAACCUGAAUGAUGAACAUUUCAGACUUACAGAAAAAGACACCCUUUAACUUGUUAGCUGAAGUUAAUUCAGAUCACAGAAAAGUGUUAAAUGGGGAUGUGACUUACACAUGGUUUAAAAACAAAAAAAACGUUACCAUUGUCAGUGUUCUGAGUCGCUGGGAAGCUUUAAGAUGCUUUUGAAACAUGCGUUAGCAAAAGGAUUUUUUUCCUCUGGGAGGGGGUGGGGAAUCUCUGUUAGAGUAAAGCGUUUCCUUUCACCCUCUGGCCUCAGACACUACCUAUGUACUUGAAGAUAGUUUUGAGUUUUUAGUCAACCAUCAAAGGAAAAAGCUGGGGAAAGGUUGGAAGCUUCAUUAUCCUACACUCCUUCCGAGUGACCCCUCAAAAUCAACACUUAGCAGCCUCAGGCUUGCUGUGGAUUUGAAUGUGCUUGUCUGGCCCUGUCCCUUCAUCGUGAGAGCACUUUCUGACAUUAGCAGCCAGGCCUCCAGGGGCUGCUUCUGAGAUUCAUUUUAUCUGUCGGUCAAAACCUACCCAUACUUAAUUCACGCAUUUCCUAAGUUCCCCAAUUACUCUCACAUCCUUUGGAAGAUUAAGUUGUAACCUUGAUGUCCUGAAAGAGUCUUUGUAUUCUCUUUUAUCUUUUCACUACUUGGAAAUUGUUCUGCCUCGCUGGGAGUGGUUGCUUUAGGAAGUAAGUACUUGGUAGUUGAACAGGGGUCAGAACUUUAGGAAAUAGCGACCUAAUAAUUUCUCCUGUUGUCCUGGUGUAUCUGGGCCACAGAGAUGCUUUGUGGCAAAGACAGCAGGGCCCAGAGAUGAUUUCUGUGUUUAAGGACCGGAACAGGUCACUGCUGUUCGCCAUGGGCUGUUCCAGUUCAUCCCGAGUCCUCACAGAAUGCGUUUGGAAAACAGUGUGACAGGACGACGGCUGCGUACAAAGCCCUGGGAUUUGGUCUUUGAGAUUCUUCCCAGCACAGACUCCAAAUUACUGCCAAUUUCAAGUGUUCUUUAGGAGCAAAAUGAUGUUAAUAUUUGACACAUUUGAAAAAUUGUGCAAUUUGUAUUACCUUUGUAUUUUUGAUAGGAAAUCAAAAUAAAUUUCUAAAUUUCUUUUACAGGACCUCGUCAUUA